AUUACGGGCUAUAUAUGUGUGAUACUAUUACAGAGCUCGUAUACGGACUUUAGUUGUAAAAUGUGUCACUCUGACAUAGUCUGCGUUUCAUGAAUAUGACGAGAAAGAUCGCAAUCAUAAGUGGCGUAACUUAAUGCGCAUCAUUGUGUUGCUUAGCUACACGGGAAACGCGCAACAUAAUUUACGCAUUGAUGCGUGCGGUCUCCAGAGUGCUCGAUAAAUGACUUUCUUGCAUACAUAGUAACUUGCCGGGAAAAAUCGAUUCAUUUAUACCCCCGCCCUUGGUGCAUAUAACUCACGAUCAGCUGUGUUAUAUUGAAAUUUUAAUAAUCAUCCAUUGUCAUUAUUACGCGUGUGUAUUCUUAGCUAUGAGCAUUGCCGUUUUAGAUUGAUGGAUGAUUGUCAAACGAUGAGUUUCCCCGCAUUUAAUUAAAUUGGUAUCGAAUGAAAAGUGAAGCACUCAUCAGUUUGAUUAAAUAUACCACUAGACUGUGCACUGUGCAUAAGCGCAGCUGCUGUGCACAGGUCUAUUCAUAAAUAAUAUCACUACAAAACUACUAAAAGGGCAGAAGAACGUGUCCAAUCCAUCAUCCAAGCUUUUCAAGUUGAACGAUACUGAUCUUAUUUCGCCCUCAUCUCUAUACACACCCGCCAGCUAGGCCUCUGCCCACGUCAACAGUCAACACACAGCACGUUAACAACUUCAAUGUCCUACAACGAAGGAGCGGCUGAAAAGGAACAUAAAAGAACGGGAACGAAAAACUUUAUCCGGUCAUUGCCAAGUUCCUUCACAAUGGCGAGUGCUGGUGAACUUUUCCGAUCGCUUUCGCCGCUUUUCUGGGUGUUACGUGUGACGGGUGGAACGCCAUUCUUUCACAGCGACUCGUUCGCCGGAAUGUUGGGCUUUCAAUGGUGUCAUCCGCAGACAUUCUGGUUCGCUUUCGUCACCCUCGUCCACGUGAGCUUCAUUUCGGCUCAAGUCUUUGGAGGUCUAUUUUCUUUGGGCAAUAAUAAUUCAGACAACAAAAUUGAUGAACCUGGCGCUCAUUUCGUCACCAAUCCAACGGCCCAAUUAACCAACUCGAUCUCCCAGGCGCGAUUUCUCGUCGACACGUUUGUCCUUUCAAAAUUUAUGCACUUCCAAUUGGCCAGUUUUCAGAUUUUCUUUGAGCAAAUGGACAGUGUUGAUCGCGCUGUGCCAGUGCUCUCCGUUGUUACACUUCGAACACGAAAAAUGAUCGUCUUUGCCAUUUCCAUUUAUUUAUUUUGGCACAUGACUUUCUUAAUAUACGGAUUUGAUAGUAUAUUUCGAGAGCAUGGAAACGAUUCUGCCUGGAUGUUGGCCGCCCUGAUAACAGACAAUAUAAUGCAUGGUAUUGGCCAGUUGCACUCUAACAUGUUGGUAAUUUUAUUUGCCAGUUUGUGCUAUAUUAUCGGUCUUCGUUUCGCUGGUGUCAAGGAGAUAUUGCAACAGACAGUCGUUAUUGACGAAGGGAUAUUCCGCCAUUUAUGGAAUGAUAAUUUUAACUCCCAAAACGCAAGUCCGUCAAUCACCCAGCCGCAAAACCGAGUCCUUCCCGACAACGAAUCUCUGCCCGAUGUCGGCUCGUCAAUUUCGAUAUUAGAUGGGUUACGUUUGCGGUACAAAACAAUUGAAUUUGAAAAUCCCUGA